AUGGUCCAGUGGAGAAUCGAAGACAAUAUGGAUACUUUUAUGGAGCGAUAUCAAGAACCACCAGAAAUAUUCCACCUUUCUCCUGUUUGCAUGCUGGCAGGGCUUGACAAGGAGGGUGACCCUAUCAUGCUAAACCGGCUUGGCAGUUUUGAUGCUUUUGGGAUGCACCAACAAGUUGGUACUGAUGCCAUGCUUGAUGCUGAUUAUUUUUUAUUCGAGCUGUUUUCAACAAGGGGCAAUGGCAUGCCCAGCCAUUUGGACUGGCAGCAGUACCAUUAUGAACCAAUGACUGGCAAACGGUUCGCACAAUUUACGGUUAUUGUGGAUCUGCAUGGGUUAAGUGUACGUCAGUUCCACCCAGCUUUGUUUGGGUUGCUCAAGAAAUCUUCCUAUAUUGGUCAAUACUAUUACCCAGGGUUGGCCAAACGUAUUGUUGUUGUUCGGGCUCCCAAGGUCUUUCGAAUGGCUUGGGGGAUAGCCAAACACUUCUAUGAUGAACAGAGCCUGCGGCUAUUGAAAUUUGUCACCAAUGAUGACUAUCUUGAAGCUUUGCAAGAGUUUGUUGAUCUAGAAGUGCUGCCACCUGUCAUGAAUGGGAAGGGCAAGCAGAUGCCAGGAUACAUGGAGAAAGUCAAGUUGGAAGGAGGUAGAAUUUCUGAACAAAUGCAAACUCAGUAG